CCUUAUUUACUUACCCAAUCAUCUUCCAGUCAAUUCCAUUCCCCCAAUUCUCUUCCCAACAACGUACGCCUCCUUCCUUCCUUCCUUUCCCACACAGUCACACAGAUUCCAGCCAGCUCCUAAAUCCCAUCAGUCACGAAGCCUUAAUUAAUCCCAUAUCCCUCUUUCUCUCCUUCCCACUCUUCAAUCAACCCUUCCCUCACCGCCCUCCGAACUCGUUCGACAAUGGAGAAAACUCCCCUCUUCCUCCUCUUCUUCUCCCUUCACAUCCUCCUCGCUCCAUCCACCGCCAUCGCCGCCGCCGCCUCCUGCUCCAUCGGGGUAAACUACGGUUUCUGGGCCGACAACCUCCCUCCGCCGGCCCAAGUAGCCGCCUUCCUCAAAACCCACACCACAAUCGACCGGAUCAAGAUCUUCGACGCCAACCCGGACGUCCUCCGCGCCUUCGCAAACACCGGGAUCUCCGUCACCGUAACCGUCGCCAACGCCGACGUCCCUUCCCUCGCCAAGCUCCCCGCCGCCCAGGCCUGGAUCGCCAACAACAUCCUCCCUUUCCACCCACAGACCACCAUCCGCUACAUCCUCGUCGGCAACGAGGUGCUCUACUGGAAGGACAAGACCGUCAUCGCCUACACGCUCCCGGCCAUGAAGACCCUCCACCACGCCCUCCACCUCGCCAAUCUCACCGACAUCAGGGUCUCCACCCCACACGCGCUCUCAUUCCUCGCCGCUUCCGAGCCGCCCAGCACCGGCAUGUUCCGCCGGUUCGACGCCGCGAUCCUCCGCCCCAUCCUCGAUUUCCACAACCGGACCAAGACCCCCUUCAUGGUCAACCCGUACCCGUUCUUCGGCUUCCGGCCCGAGACGCUGGACUACGCCGUGUUCCGGCCCAAUCGUGGCCUCUACGACAAGGCCACCAGGAAGAACUACACCAACAUGUUCGACGAGCAGAUGGAUGCCAUUUACAUCGCGAUGAAGAAGCUAGGGAACUACGAGGGCGUCGAGAUCGUGAUCGCGGAGACGGGUUGGCCGUCGGCGGGUGACCCGAACCAGCCCGGCGUCAGCUUGGAGAAUGCUCUGUCCUACAACGGGAACGUGGUGAAGCACGUGAACUCCGGUAAAGGGACCCCGCUGAUGCCCAAUCGGACUUUCGAGACUUACAUCUUCGCUCUGUUCAACGAGAAUCUGAAAGCCUCUGUCUCAGAGCGGAAUUACGGACUUUUCAAGCCGGAUUUCUCCCCGGUCUACGACGUCGGUGUUAUGCGCAGCACGCCGAACCAGGCACAGGCGCCGGCGAACGGCGGGACUCCAGGGAAGGCACCGCCGUCCGGCGACAGCCCUGCCCCCGCGGAGAAGAAGUGGUGCGUGCCGAGACCGGAGGCCAGCGACGAGGCGUUGCAGAGGAAUCUGGACUACGUGUGCAGCUUGGGAGUGGACUGCAGGCCCAUUCAGUCAGGCGGGCCCUGUUUCAGCCCAAAUACAGUGCGCUCACACGCGUCGUAUGCGAUGAACGCGUACUACCAGAGCCACGGUCGAGAGGUGUACAACUGUGAUUUCGAGCACACCGGAGUCCUCACCUCCUCCGAUCCAAGCUACGAGACGUGCAGCUAUCCGGUGGAAGGAUCGAAGAUGUUGGAGCAGAAGUCGGUGGUGAAGGCGGCGGCGUCGUCCGUGUCGGCCAGAUUGGUGGGGUUGACGGUUCAACAGAUGGUUGUGGCCACGUGUUUCGUGGUUUCUGUACUGUUCCACCUUGUUUGAGUAACUGCAGCAGGAGGGAUUGGUUCUUUUGGGCCUGGGCAAGAAGAGGUGGGCCUGGGUAUUUGGGCUUCGUUUUAUGUAUGUGCGGCACUUGGGAAUGUUGUGUGUACAUAAGUAGGAGAGGGUAUGUUUCUGUUGUAGGGCUAUGGAUUGGUGAUUGAUUAGGGCAGGGCAGGGCAGCUUCUUUUCUUUUAUUGAACAGUGAGACGAGUAUCAGAUGUAAUCUCGGUCUAAUCAUGGUACUGCAUGGUGAUGUAUUAGCAGCAAUUCUAACUUUGUUAUUCUUAAAACGUGUCCGUUUUCUGAAACGUGAGCCCCAACCUUGCAAUGUAUUCCAACCCGAUUCAUAUGUGACAUGAUUGACAAG